UUUUGGUUCGCCAUGAAAUGAAAUGGUUUUAGAGUGUUUGUUGGAGAUGUACCAAAGUCCUCAAUCAAAUUUCCGAUACAGUUUCAUCACAUUAAAUCUAUAAAUAGCCCUCAGCUAUAGAUCCCUAAGCACCAAAUUCCUCUCUCUCUGUCUCAACAUGGCAUUUAACCUUGCAUUGCCAAUGAGGCCAUCGAUGGCUGGUUUGGGUUCUUUGAAGAAAUCAGAAACUACCAUUUUUGGAGCAUGUCGGAGAGUCCCAUCUCUGAGAAAUGAGAACAAGAGUUUGAGGCUUACCAUUAGAUGUUGGAAAGGUUCUGUUCCACCAUCUUCAGUUACUGAUAAAACUACCAGCACAAACCAAACGCAGGAUACAACAACUACAACCAACAAAAUGACAAGAAAAGACUUCCCUACUGAGUUCAAGUUUGGUAGCUCCACUUCUGCUUUUCAGACAGAAGGAAAAGGUGAUGAAGGAGGGAGAGGACCAGCGACCUGGGAUAGUUAUAUCCAAGAUGAUGAUGGAAUCACGGACGUUGCAGUCGAUUCAUAUAAUCGGUACAAAGUAUAUAUGAAUAUUGCUACAUAGUUCUCAAAAAAUGAU